AUGCCUUCCGACAUCCGGUCUUUCUUUGGACCCAAGGGUGGUAGCGCCCCAAAACCUGCUCCAAGAAAAGCUGAGGAGCUGGCCAAGAGCAAGCGUACAAAGGGAAGAAAGGUCGUCGAAGAUAGCGACGAUGACGAAGAUGAAGCAGUAGAAGUGCAAAAGCCUAACACUAAAGCCGCCCCAAAGAGAAAAGCCAAGGAGGAGGAAACUAAGGGCGUGGCUAUUUCUGCUGAUGAUUACUUCGCUUCCACAAAGAACAACAAGCCUACGAGUUCAGCAACGCCCAAAAAGUCUGCUGCAAAGCCUGAUAUUCCCGUUCGGUCAAGUCCCCGAGGAAAGCCUACUGCUUCGAAGCCCGCAGCAACAGCGAAGAAUGACAAAGCUCCUGCCACACGAAGAUCAACAACCUCUUACUCACGCCACAAUGCCGACCAGGAUUCUGAUGCUUACAUGGAUGACGGAGACGAUGACGACGAAGAUAUUUUUGCAGCCGAUGCCAAGGGUGGAAGUAAGCGCAAGAACGACGACUACGAGGAGGACGAAUCCGAGGAUGAGGAACUUCCUAAGCCAAAGCGAAUAGCGACCCGAGGUCGCCCAUCCGCCGUCAAGAAGGAAGAGAAAGAAGAAACCAAGCCUACAGCAAAAGGCAGAAAGCGAAAAUCUUUAUCAGAAGACUCAGAAGAGUCGGAAGAAGAGGCUCCACGCAAGAAAGCGGCUACAGCCAAACCUCGGGCUCCAAGAAAGAAGAAUGAUGAGCCUGAAGAUGAAGAGAUCAAGGAUAUUCUCGAUAACGUUACUACCGUUCGUGCCCCUACACCACCACCCAAAGAUGCCAAUGCCAAGUUCGAUUGGCGAAAGAACGCAUUUGGAGGAGGUGCGGAUGAAUGCUUGACUGGUCUCAGUUUUGUCUUCACGGGUGUUUUGCAGACCAUCAGUCGUGAAGAGGGCCAAGCUCUUGUCAAGAGGUAUGGUGGCAAAGUCGUCGGCCAGCCGAGCAGCAAGACAAGCUUUGUAGUUUUGGGAGAAGACGCUGGGCCAAGUAAGCUGGCAAAGAUUAAGUCUAUCGGCAUCAAGACAAUUGACGAGAACGGACUUUUUGAACUGAUCCGCAAACUUCCUGCAUUUGGAGGUGGCGGCAAAGGAGCACAGAAGGCGCAGGAGAAGAAGAAGGCGGAAGAAGACAAAGUCAAGAAACAAGUCGCAGAGAUGGAGGCCGAAGAGAAGGCUCGAAAGGCAGAGGCUGCGAAGGCCGCCAAAAAAGCGGCCGCCGCUGGAGGCCCUCCUGUGAAGGCUGCUGCCGCACCCCCUGUUCAGUUACUGACUUCAAAGUAUGCACCCACACAGCUUGGUCAUAUUUGUGGCAACAAGGCUCAAGUCGAAAAAAUCCAAAACUGGCUCAGAAACUGGCCAAAACAUAAGAAAUACAACUUUCAAAGGAGGGGCGCUGACGGGAUGGGCGGCGAGCGCGCCAUCAUCAUCUCUGGACCCCCUGGAAUCGGCAAGACAACGGCUGCUCACCUAGCUGCGAAACUGGAGGGAUAUGACGUUUUGGAGAGUAACGCUAGCGACACGCGAAGCAAAAAGCUCGUCGAAAACGGAGUGAGCGAUGUGAUGAACAACACGUCGCUUCUCGGAUACUUUGCUGGCGAUGGCAAAGAUGUGGAUGCAACCAAGAAGAAGAUUGUUCUCAUCAUGGAUGAGGUUGACGGUAUGUCUGCGGGUGAUCGAGGCGGUGUCGGUGCUUUGGCAAAGUUCUGCAAAAAGACACAGGUUCCCCUGAUACUCAUAUGUAACGAGCGAAGACUGCCCAAGAUGAAGCCUUUCGACCACGCAGCUUUCGACAUCCGGUUCAAUCGCCCAACUGUGGACCAAGUUCGAUCUCGCGUCAUGACUAUUUGCCACAGAGAAGGGCUCAAACUUCCUGCUUCUGUAGUAGAUGCUCUCAUCGAGGGAAGCAACAAGGAUAUUAGGCAGAUCAUCAACAUGAUUUCCACAGCCAAAUUAGACCAGACAAGUAUGGACUUCGACCAGAGCAAGGCCAUGUCUAAGGCUUGGGAAAAGCACGUCAUCCUUAAGCCGUGGGACAUCUGUCAAAAGAUGCUGGCAGGUGGGUUGUUCACCCCCGCAAGCAAAUCGACACUCAAUGAUAAGAUUGAGCUCUAUUUCAACGACCACGAGUUCAGCUAUCUUAUGAUACAAGAGAAUUAUCUCCGAACAAAACCCAUGGCGUUAAAUGGAAAGGGGUAUAACCAACGCGAGCUCAAGCUCAAAGCUCUCGAACUGUUCGACAAUGCAGCAGAGAGCAUCAGCGACGGAGACCUUGUCGAUCGCAUGAUCCACGGACCCCAGCAACACUGGAGCCUGAUGCCCACACAUGCUGUGUUUAGCACGGUCCGGCCCGCCAGCUUUAUAGCAGGCCAGCUCAUGGGCUCCAACUUCACGUCGUGGCUGGGCAACAAUAGCAAGUACGGAAGGUUGGGCAGGUCGAUUCGAGAGGUUCACUCUCACAUGCGCCUCAAAUCUUCUGGCGAUCAUAACGAGAUUCGCCAGCAGUACCUUCCUAUCCUCUGGACGCAGCUUGUAGAUCGUCUACAGAAGCAGGGCAACGAGGCAGUGCCAGAGGUCAUUGAUUUGAUGGACAGUUACUACUUGACUCGUGAAGAUUUCGACGCUGUUCAGGAACUCGGUGUCGGACCAAUGGACGAGGAACAUGUCAAGAUUGAGACCAAGACCAAAGCUGCUUUCACCCGAACAUACAAUGCAAUGAGCCACCCACUUCCCUUCAUGAAGGCCAGCAGUGUCGUCGCUCCCAAGGCUCAGCCCAAGGAGGUCCCUGAUCUUGAGGAAGCUGUCGAAGAUGAUGAUGCCGAGGCAGUCGAGGCACCCGAAGUCGACGAAGAAGAUGACGAAAUCGAUUUCAAGAAGGACAAGUAUAUAAAAAAACCGAAAGCCAAGAAGGUCACCAAGAAGGCAGCCAAGGCUGCUGGCGACGACGAAGAAGAAGACGAGGACAAACCCAAACGAGGUCGAACCAAGGCCAAAGCUACUAGUGCCAAGGCUAAGGGGAAGAAGUAA